GUGUUGUAAGAUCAGGACGCUUUGCAUACAAUUUGCGUGCGCACACCUUCUCCCUAAGGACCAAAGGGGUACUCCGCGUUAGUACAACUUGUGAAGACAAUAAUAGCAAAGCUUUCAGUUGGGUGAUCUCCUUUUGAAGUAAAUGAAGGCUCACUGAAGGCUACAAUUUGCUUCAGAUUCCUAAAAUCCCCACCUCCUCCCACCCUGCAGUGAGAAGUUUGGAUAAGACAUGACUCACACUGAGAUGGCCAAAAAAUCCCCAGACACGGACAUGAGUCAGGAGGAGAACCUGGGUGAGAAGGACCUGACACUGGGCGUGGUCUUGCCUGGUGGAAUUGAGAAAACAGCCACUAUUCACGGGAGUAAGCCAGUGAUGGACCUGUUGGUCAUACUGUGUGCAAAAUACCACCUGAACCCAUCCAACCACACCAUUGAGCUAAUAUCCACUGAUGGGAACCACAUCAAGCUCAAGCCGAACGCUGUGAUUGAAACUCUUGAGAUAAAGAAAAUCCUAAUCAAACCCAAGGGAAUGGUUGACGACAACAACAAGCGAAGCCCUUCAAUGCCAGAGGCUACUGUUCGCCUUGUUAUAAACUACAAAAAGACGCACAAGACUGUUCUGAGGGUCAGUCCCCAGGUGCCUGUUGGGGAGCUAAUGGCUGCAAUUUGUGCGAAGUGUGAACUUGACCAAAGUACCACAGUUUUACGGAGGAAUCCCUGCUCAGAAGAACCGCUGGACUUAGCGAAGUCCCUCAAUGACUUUGGCUUGAGAGAGGUCUAUGCUGUGGACUCAAACGGUGUUAACUCAGACGAAUUGCCGGCCUCACCAAGACUUGAAGAAGAUAAAAGUCUGUCAAGCAAAGAGAAAGUGCUGAAGGAGAAAGAAAACAAGGGAUUGUUCAGCAUUUUUAGAAGAAGAAAGAAGAAGCCAGACCAGGUUUGUAGUGCGAGUGCUCCGGCUUCUCCAGUCUUGGCCAAAGACAGACCUGGCAGCCUGACGUCUCUGAAUGGCCACGCCUCCACGCGCAGCUCGAACGACGGCCUGUCCGUCACGUCGAAGAAGAGACGGGCUCCCCUGCCCCCCAUGAUGGUGUCUCAGAGCUUCCUCUCCAACCUCAGCGAUCAACAGACGGAUUCUCAACCCCAUGACAAACCUAUUAAGGACCAGGAAUCUGGGAUCGAUCACAGAUCUCUGAAAGGAUCGAAGAGGAAGGCUCCCCCUCCCCCCAUGCUCCCCUGCAUAAGUACGCCAGAGGAAACCACACAGGAUAAGAGCAUUAAAGUGACGGCCCUGAGUAACCUGGAGGAGAUCGGUGAGCUGGAAGAGACGGUGGCCACUGCAGACCCAGAUUUCAGUGCUGUGUGUGUUUCCAAAGAAAAUGGCGACAGUCUCAGCGUGUCUACUGAUGUCCCAAAGGAUUCUGGGAAGGCAGAGCUCACCUCGCCACCAGUGGACAUGGAGACGCAGGACACUUCACUGAAACAGGGCAAGGGGGAAGAUCAACCAGAACUGGACCCGAACAGUAAUGAGUGCACUCAAGAAACGCUGGAAGUUGAAGAAACCUGUACUUCUGAUUUGGAAAUAAAAGCAGGCUACAGGAAUGAAAUGGUAAUGUCCAAAGAGGAACACCACCUUAGAGAGAGACUGGCUGCAUUACCCGAGGAAUCACCUGCACACCAGUGCCACAAUGGAGGAAAAUCCGCUCCCUCUUUUGUCGCGGAUGAAGAGCUCAAAAUGGAGCCCCCCACUGAGCUGGCCAGGCAGUACGUACCCAGGCCUGGGUUGACCACUUACACCAUUGUGCCUUCAAAGUCCUUGGAGAAGCUGAAGUACUUUGAGGUGGAGUUGACCCUUGUUGAGGAUCCAGCUGUGGCUCUGAAGGAGAAUGAAGCUGUAGGCUCUCCCAAGCCUGCCAACCAUGAUUCUGAUGAGCCUCAGGUCUCAGUGGGUCAGCCAGAAUGCUUUAUGACCCAGGGGGAGGAGCUGAGUAAUAGGACUGUAACCAAUGAAAAUGCUCACUGUGGCCACAUGGCUCCCACUCUACUAGCCCCUGCUGGAGUUCCUGAAGCAGAAGAGAACUGCCAGCCCUCCUCAUCUUACGAUAGGGCCUUCGAGGCAGGACCAGACCAGGAAACUAAGGAAAAGAAAGUUCCUCCAGCAAUAAAGCCAAAACCAGACUUUCACAACUUGCCACAGCAAACCUGUGUGGAAUAUGUAACCUCAGCAGUGACGAAGAACAACGCACGUGCUAUUUCUCACUGUGGUCAGGGGGAAGAGUCAGGGACGGCAGGGAAAGAAGAGCCAAUUGGAGCCAAGGAGGAGAGUUUCUUCCCACCUCCUCCUUCCUAUGCCCCUCCCCCUCCUCCUCUUCCCUCUCAGGCAGGGCAGGAAGCUUCAGAGAGGCAGCGGGAGGAUGAGGUAAAGUCCAAGGGAAUAAUCGGUCCAGGCGAUGGCGAGACCAAACACAUCACCAGUGGGCUGGAGCAGCCGGAGGAACCGAGCCUGAAGCAGCUUACCAGCUUGGCCACGCCCAAUCCAUACGAGCCUGCAGAGCCGUCCCCCUUCUGUAAGGCUGUGUUCGCAGCCAUAAAGAGGUCCCAGAGCUUCGCCCCACCCACUCAGCCUCCUGAUUCCGAAACGUUGCUAAGUGGGACCGUUAGGAUGUCUGCGGAUGGAGAAAAAUAAAGGCCCGUGACUCUGGGAAUUUCCUUCACCAAGAUGAAUGAACUGGACAUGUGCAAACCCCAGAUCACAUGCACAAUAUUCGCAGAGCAAAGACAAAAGACAACAGAUACAGCCAAAACAAAAUGCAAUAACACCCAUAAAUUCCAGGGUGUGGAUACUACAGCUCUUUCAUGGACCCAGUAGCACUCCCUGGGUGGGUUAGCAUGCUCGCUUUCAGAUUCAUGGAACACCGCAAUGAUGCAAUACUUCCUUGAUUUGUUUUUACUACAUGCAUGUAAAUUUACCAGUAGGCCUCCUGCUGUGGCUGAAACUGAAAAAUACCCGGUGAGGUGUAAAAAAUUUUAUGCAGUUGCUCCAAAAAAAAGUAUCACUGUUUGAAGCACUCAAAAGACAUGCAACAUCGCCAUCUGCUGGUCAAUACAUGGUGGAAAUGUACGGAGAAGCUUUUUUGCAGCUUCACUCAUUGGGAUCUCACUGAAAUGGAGCAUGUAUUGGAUCUAUCUAUGUAUUUGCAUCAGUGCCAAUAAAUCUGUGCCUUGCAGUAAUAAUAUGAAUAAGAGGUGUGUCAUACUGAGGUGCAUGUGCCUUGUUUUUGUAAAUUAUGUUGUUUCAUAUGCUUCUUACCCCUAUCAAUCAAAAUAUUUAAUGUACAAUAAUAUUAGGCUAAGUUGUUCACUGAAAAAAAGUUAACAUUUUCAUAAUUGUUACAUGCAUCUUUAAUUUACCGACAAUGCAUUCAAUGCAGGGCUUUAAUAGGUUUGGUGGACAUUAAUGCAGCCUUGCCCACAAUGCUUAGCUCCUGUGAUGGAGCUGGUCUACAUGUCAGGAAUUAUUUAAUUUUGAGUGUAACUGUGUAAAAAUGUAAAAAUGAAGGGUCUGAUUCAUUGGCUGAGGGGGAAUGUGUGUGUUAAUUCCCACUACAGACCACAGGCAAUAUAACAAGCAAAGGAACAACAUUAUUUUAGUAAAUAAAUUCACUUUUCCACUAAUCUAGAUAUAUUGCGUAUUUGUUAUAAUCUGCAAACUGCACUCAAAAAGGUUAGUCAUUCAGUUUCAAUAAACUUAGACAUUAUAAUCCUCA